AUGGUUAAACUAUGUUUUCUUUGUGAUCGGAAACCAUCGAAAGCUGAUAAGAUUUCAUUUCAUAAAUUUCCAAAAGAUGAAAUAGCAAGACAAAAAUGGCUAGAUAUCUGCGGAUUAACAUCAGAAGACGAUGUUUCAAGAAUAUGCAUUUGCUCAAUGCAUUUUACAGCAGCUGACAUGAUCAGUUGUUCUUCUGGAAUAAAAAAAUCAUUCUUAAAAUCAGGAGCUGUGCCCACAAAAUUGUUGUCCAACCCUUUAGUGAUAAAAGAAAUCGAUGAAGCUGCUAAAGCUGCCAAAAAGAGAAAUGAUCCUGACAUCACGCUCCAGUCAUCUGUCGAAGAGCUCAUCGAUGAGCUAAUAAAUGAAAUCGGAGAUCUUGAUGACAACAUUGAGGUCCCGAAGAAACAACGAAUAUUUUAUCGACCUCGUUAUAUCUCGGAAAUAACGCUAGAAGACUUAUCAACUCCUUCGAAAGCUGAAAGAGUUCUCAAGUUGAUAAAAACCACAGACUUGAGAAAGUCUAAACAGAUUAAAAGCUUACAGGACCAACGAAGACAACUCAAUCUAAAGAUUAAAUCUCUCAAGGCGUUGAUUGCUCAGUUGCAAGGCAAAGAUCCUGAUGCCUUGGAAGAAAUUUAA